UCAAUUCGCCUCUCUUUCAUUUUCAUUUCACUCAAAUCAAUCAACAUCGUAUGAGAUUUGGUCUGUUCUUCUCAAGCAAUCACAAUUUAAUUUCUUCUGUUUCAUUUCACAACUUGAAAUUGAUAAUCCGUUUUAUUGACGAAAUUAGCUUUAUUGGAGUAGUACUUGAAGCGUAGAACGAUCGAUUUACUUGCUUGAUUUAAUUGAAACUACAGUGUUGUUGGAGAAUUUGGAGCGUGGCUUGAAAUGCAGAGUGGUGUACCGGGUCCACUUGCUGGGUCCGAGAUUCAUGGGUUCCUCACCAUGGCAGAUUUGGACAUCGGUGACAUAAUGGAGGAAGGCAAGACCAGAUGGCUCAGACCAAAUGAGAUUCAUGCCAUACUCUGUAAUUACAAGUAUUUCAGCAUCAAUGUCAAGCCUUUGAAUUUGCCAAAAAGUGGCACAAUUGAAUUGUUUGACCGUAAGAAGCUGCGGAAUUUUCGGAACGAUGGCCAUAACUGGAAGAAGAAGAAGGAUGGAAGAACUGUCAAAGAAGCUCAUGAACAUUUAAAGGUUGGUAACGAUGAAAGGAUUCAUGUAUACUAUGCACAUGGAGAAGAUAAUCAGACUUUUGUUCGCAGAUGUUACUGGCUACUCGACAAGUCACUUGAACAUAUUGUCCUUGUUCAUUACCGUGAAACUCAAGAGUUGCAGGGUUCUCCGGCCACACCUGUGAAUUCCAAUUCUUCAGCUGUCUCUGACCCAUCUGCUCCUCGACCUUUAUCAGAAGAAUCUGAUUCCACGGUUGACCGGGCAUAUUACAGCAGAUCACAGUUAGAGAAUAAUGACAGUACGACUAUGAAAAAUCAUGAACAAAGACUUCAUGAGAUAAAUACACUUGAAUGGGAUGAGCUUCUGGUGUCAGUUGAUCCAAAUAAGCCAAUUACACCUCAAGAAGGAAAAACUUCUGGCUUUGAUUUACAGAAUCAAUGUCAAAUGAGCAGUUACAAAACUAAUGUAAGUGAGCUGUUGAUUUAGAAGUGUCAUCUCAUAUUCACUAUACAUCCUUGUUUUCUUGUCUGUAGAGUGGCUGACGGAACUCCUUCAAUUUUUGCCCCUUUUUUGGUGUGUGUAAGUUAAUCACUUGCAGGCAUUUGAAUUGAAUACAUAUGCAUUUUAUCAUUGAAGACUAGAAAGUGUCCUUAUAAUAAUCGAGGCCUGUCCUGAUGCUCUGAAACUAAGCAUGAAUGGGUAAAGAAUUGUCAUAAAGAAGUCUUCCUGUCUAAUUUUUCCACUUUCCGAUUAACAAAUGAGUAUGAAAGUGAAUGUCCUUUUUGCUAGUGUAGUAUCACGGUUCAUCUACAGUAGGUGACAAGUUCCUUUGUCAUAGAAUAUUGUAGCAUGUCUGAAGCUUUUAUUACAACCUCUACAUUGAGGCUUUGAUUUUGCACAUUCUUGAUAUGGUUUUUGUUUUAUUCCCUUCUUUUUGCAUGAAGUUGGCUGGUGCAUAAAUCCACGCACACGUAUUCAUAUGCAUGUUUAAUGCAAUUAUUUUUGGUAUUUUGAUGUUGCUGUUUUAUAUGCUUUUAAUGCGGAGAAAUUCAGACGUGAAAUCUUGGAUUAGCUGCCUACACAUUUUUGCAUUUAAUUAUUUUGCUACUUUUCAUAUCAAUCAUGCCACUAAAUUUUUAAAUUGCUGAUAUCUGUUUGAUCAAUUUUAACGAUGGACCAUUGUGACUUUUUUUGUUGAUUGAAAAGUUGUAAAGUUUUUCUCAAUAUCAAUUGCCGAUUUCCAAAAAAUUAUGCCCAGAAAGUUCUAUAAACAAUUUUUCUGGGCAUGUUACUAGAAGUAAUUCGAUCAGCU